AUGGGUCAUUCCAUUGCGAAAUCUCUCCCCCAACUUCUCUUAAAACAAGGGUUGCGGAGAAACCCUUCCAACUGCACUAUUGCCCGGAGAUGGAUACAUGUCCAGCAGCUCCAGCCCAGCGAUCCGCAAUUGGUUAAUGGCAGCUAUCUUCCCGCAUCAAGAACUCCUCUUUCGGCUGCAUCUCCCGAUGCCAGAUUUGAAGUUCUUGGUGCUCCGUACUCCCUCCUCUCCGUCACUCUCUCCGCAUCCCAACACCUAUACACACGGCGCGGAACUCUAGUUGGUUUAAGUGGGAAAGCGGAUAAUGUUGUUUCGACUCUAAGCAUCCUAGAACCAAUUCGUCACCCUUUCCUCGGCAUCCCGUUCCUAUACCAGAAGAUUUCCUCCGCAAGUCCAAUUACCGCUUUGAUAGCGACUCGCUCCCCUACAACCACAUUUUCUGUCAUUGAGUUGAACGGCUCUGUCGACUGGAUGGUAGCACAACGACAAGCUUUGCUGGCUUGGACUGGUCAUACAUUGAGAAUCAAGCCCAGAAUCAAUGCACAGCUAAGCCUGAUGCAUUGGGGUAAUUCGGAAGUAACUGGCCGCGGAUUACUUGCUCUAGUAGGCAAUGGUCAGCUUUAUUCGGUGGAAUUGAAAGCUGGAGAACAGUUCAUAACCCAUCCAAGCAACGUCGUCGCAUAUACAAUCACCGCUCCUUCUCCGCGCCCCUACAAAUUUAAAUCUACCACGCUCCCAUUCCAGGUUCCCAGGAUUGAACUUGAGAAAUGGCUCUCCAAGUCAAAUUUCAUAAAAAAUAUGUCAGACACGGACACAUGGAGAGUUUUAUCGAAACUAUGGCACAUAAUUUGGACUUGGUCUCGCAAAACCAUAUGGGGUGAUAGGUUCUUCUUGCAAUUCGACGGUCCAGUCACGAUUCUAGUACAAUCCCGUGCAUCGAGGAUUGCGGAUGUUCUUACCACGCAACAAAUCAACGAAAUCGCCGACUCACCUCCAGGCGUCACCCAAGACGCCGUUCACAAAGUGGCGGCGGCGCAAACCCAUAAAGAGGAGGUUAUUUCCAAGGCUAAGGAAGGCAUAGAAUCCUCAAUCUCUGGACAGAGCAUUGCUAAUGUCCGACAUGAUGGGAAAAUCGAGUUUCACCGAACCGGAAAUACCCAGCAGAAAUAA